UUUUAGGCUGCUUACUAUGUAGCUACCUGCUGACUUCUCGUAAACAUCUACAGACAUCUUGCUUCUAUAUAUUCUCUCACGGGAUACUCAGUGUGCAGCAGCGAGGUCUACGCUUAAGGGGCCAACCCCAUUUUGAGACUCCACUGGAAUGAGUGUCCUGGAUGACGUCCCCUUCAAAUUGUACGAAGGCUUCAUCCCCUUCCCCUCACCUGAAGAGACUAUAGCCAACCGCUCAAAUGUUAAUGUUCCAGACUGCAGCAAUAUACUUAUGUGUACUGUGCACGAUUUCACUGUAGAGAGAAAGGUUCUAGACUGGGUGAAUGAAAUGUACAGUCGAAAAGCCACCAUGUCUGAUGUCAGUCCCACGGCACCCCCAUACUGGAUGAUGCGUGAAAGGAAGGGGGUGUCCCCAAACAGACGCAGCAGCCCCCAGCGGCCUUCAUUACCCAUGAGAAGGUGUAGAAGCAUAAGCUCCUCAGAUGUUAAUUCUAGCCGUUCACGCAGCAGCUGGGGUGGAGCAGAAAACACGGAUAAGGAGAAUGUCUUCGAGGAAGAUGGAUACUCUGAGGACGAUGAGUACUCUUCAUCGGAGGAGAGUGAGAGAGGGGAUCGGCAAAGAGAAGCAAGGUCACGCUUGUGCAAUAGUCGUCAGCAGCCGCAUUGGUCUAACAGACCGCGUACCUCUCCAUUCCUGCCCAGCCCACCCCCUAGGUGUCGUUGCUCGCAUGUUGAAUCUCCUCCAUCCCAUACGAAAAGGAGAAAGUCAGUAACUUCAUCGCACAUCUCUAAGAUUGAGCUGGAGGCUGCGAAUAAAAGAAUUGCAGCUCUGGUGCACCCACAGAAUGGAAAUUUGGUUGCCAGAGGCAGCCCCCAGGGUCAACACCAAGUGAGCAACUGCUGCGGACACAGUUUGAGUCCAACACCGCCUCCACAUCCAAACUACUGCUGCUGCUCCAAGAGACCAUACAGUGCUGGCAGUAUCCCUCCAAUACGCUGCCACAAACCCACUCAUACGACCCUGAGUCCAUAUUCCUGCCUCCCACCUACAAGAAGGAAUCAUUCUGACUGCUCAGGGGACGUCCUACUAGCCCUUAGCCAAGAAGAACGUGAUGUCAUCGAGGCGGUGACAUCUGUGGGGUACCCACUCCGCAGAGCUAUGAUUGCAAUGCAGAAAAUGGGAGGGCAAAGCCUAGAACAGGUUCUGGGUUACCUGGGAGCCACAGAUCGUCUCUGUAAACUUGGGUAUGAUGAGGCACUAGUAGAAGAAGCAAUGGAAAUGUUCCAGAAUUCUGAGAUCAAGGCUGCCGAAUUUCUCCGUCUCUUACUUCAGUUUAAUGACAUGGGGUUCCAGCAAGAUGACAUCAAAGAAGUUCUUCUUAUUUAUGAUAACCACAGGGAUAAGUCCCUAGAGGAGCUCAUGAUGAGAGCGCAGUGACAGCCAAAUAUCCCACUUAUUGACUGCAGACCAUGAUCUCACAAAAUAGAAUUGGAUUGGCUCUGCUAUGCUGGUCACAAUGAAUACAACUUUUUCUUUAUGUGUGUACAAAGUGCAAUGAUGAGAACAGUGCUUACUGUCUGUACCAAGAACAGAUUGCAGAUGGACACUUUUAUCCUUUAAAGGGGUACUCCGCUGCUUAGCGUUUGGAAGAAACGGCUGUCACGCCCCCUCCCAUAGACUUGCAUUGAGGGGGCGGGGCGUGACAUCAUCAGAGGGGUGGGGCUAUGACAUCCCACGCUCCCAUUGCCAGCUCCAGCAUUCAGAACAGUUUGUUUGCUGAGCAGCAGAGUACCCCUUUAAGGGAUGGGUCACACAUGCCAUAUUUUGCUGCAUAUUUUCUGCAGCUGAUUUUGCAACCCAUUAAAGGGGUACUCCCGUGGAAAAAACAUUUUUUAAAUCAACUG